AUGCUCUUCCUUCUUUCCAUCUCCCUACUGGUCCUACUAUUGGCUGCUUUUGCUCUCUCAGCUUUUUAUCGCUAUCGACAUGAUAUCGCUCCAAAAGGAAAAUGUAUUGUUGUUUCAGGUGCUGCAAGUGGAAUUGGAGAAGCGUUAGUUAGGAAGUUGUUAUCUCAUCAGUGUCGAGUGAUUGCUGUGGAUUGCAACGAACAUCUCCUCGCUCAACGUCAACAAGAGUACAUGGACAAGGGUCUAUUAAGCAGCAAGGAUGAUGAAACCUAUCGAUAUUUUACAUUCGAUCUGUCAACUACCACAGUUCAAGACAUUCAAAAACGACUCUUCAUUGAUUCUGAACAAUCUGUCCGUCGAAUUGAUGCGCUCGUUAAUUGUGCAGGAAUCUCGUACCCCAGAGAUGGCUUGUACACUUCUCUCAUUGAACAACAAGAAGAUGUGUUUGAGAAAAUGUUAGCCACCAAUGUUGUUGGACAUUUGAAAAUGACAAAGGCCGUUUUCCCUCAUCUCCUCUCUCGUCUGAAUGGAUAUGACGAUGGUCAAUCUGUUAUAAUGAAUGUAGCUUCUCCAGCAGGUGUAUUAAUUCCUCCCUAUUUGGGAACCCCAUAUGGAGUGACAAAGGCAGCGUUGAUUAGUUGGAAUGAUGGCAUUCGAAGAGAAUUGCAUUCCACUGGAAUUGACGUCUGUUGUGUGUAUCCUGGAUUUACCAAAACUGGAAUGGCAUUUAAGGGGAAUAUUGAUUCAUCCUCUAAGUUUUCACACGAAAUUGAGAAUUGUCAGAAAGCCUUUGGUAAAAUUAUGGAUAAAUUUGGACAAGAUGCAGAGGAAGUGGCUUGCGUCAUGUUCACCAAUUUAUUCUCCUCGAAUCGUGGCAAACAUGUCUACAUUGAUUCCAACGGAAAGAGUUUCAUUUGGCCCUUGCUUGCUGCUGUGCAAUGUUUGUGUCCAGGUGUGAUUGAUUUUUUGUUAUUGAAAUUGGCGUCAUUCAAGUAG